CAGAGCCCAGCUCUGCACUUUUUGGAUCUCAGAGUGGCAAGAGUGGUUCGGUUCUGACACCAACGGGUUCCAAACGCGCUCGCUCGCUCGUUUUCGCGCACGCAUGCCUUUCUAGUGAGAUUUUACAAGAUCCAGUGCAAACCUCCGGGAUGUACACCGCCGGGCUCAACCCGUUUUACGCCUCCAAUUUCAGCCUUUGGUCUGCCUACUGCGCCGGAGGCUUCGCGGUGGACGCCGUCAAGAAGCCGUCGUUUUGCAUCGCGGAGCUCCUCCAGGCCGGGGAUGCGGAGAACAUGCCGGGCUCCUCGGCUCUCAUGGUGCACGUGGGCCAGCAGCACCGCGCGUCCUCCGGCGGCUCCCCGCUGCGUCCAUCCCCGGUCGGACCCGGGGAGGCUCACGGGUCGGUGUACGGGGCGAGGUUGAGCCCCGCGUCCCCGUACCACAGGCAAGGACUGCAGCUUACCUCGGUGCCUAGGGGGGCUCUGAACUCCUCGCAGGCUCCUCCGCUUUCAAGCAAAGACCUCAAAUUCGGAAUUGAUCGGAUAUUGUCGACGGACUUUGACGCAAAGGCCAGGGACACGUUAAGAGAUCUCAAGUCCAUCGUUAGCUCCAGCCGUCAGUCAGGCGUCCACAUCCCCAUCCAGCCUGCCGCCAGCCAGUACUUCUCCAUAGAACCCGGGAUGAGCGACGCCUCCGCCAUGAUGAGCUCACUAGGCAGCGGCGGCAGACAAUCAGGCCAGCAUCAGUUUCAGGACACCUUCCCAGGCCGUUCUAGUCUGACGCCUCCGUUGUUGUCUGGUCGACCCACAGGUCCGUACGCCGUCCUCACCAAGGACACGAUGCCGCAGACGUACAAGAGGAAAAGGUCGUGGUCCAGGGCGGUCUUCUCCAACCUGCAGAGAAAAGGCUUGGAGAAAAGGUUCGAGAUCCAGAAGUACGUCACCAAGCCGGACAGAAAACAGCUGGCGGCGAUGCUCGGAUUGACAGACGCUCAGGUGAAAGUUUGGUUCCAGAACCGGCGCAUGAAAUGGCGACACUCCAAGGAAGCCCAGGCCCAGAAGGACAAACAAAAGGAGCAGUCGGACGCAGACGGGACGCCCGAGUCGGGCAGGGACCCCAAAGAGACUGCCGAGUCCGAUUGCGAGAGCGACGUUGAACGCAGCGAGUGCGAGUCCGACGACGCUCCCGAGGAGGACAAGAACGACGCCGCGCACCAUUUGGAUCUAUGUGAGCACAACAAAACCAGCGUGAUCAUGGAGGCGAACCACUCGGACUCGGUUUCUUCUUCGUCUUCCCCUUAGCUUCUCACGUGAAGCGUUUGCGCAUCCAUUCACUUCCUGGAGCGAAGUGAUUUCAUCAUGACGGG